CAGGUGAAGACUCGUUCGUGACAUAAGAACUAAAUCAGGAAGAAGACGUCAAGAAACGUUAACUGUUUAAACGCUGGCAAGGAACUUCCGCGAUUGUCUGACGGAAUUUAGCAUGAGGGGAUUUGGCAUAGCGCGUCUGUGAAGGAAUGUGGAUUUAACUUCAGUCAACCAUCACAUCCAACUCUCAUGUCAAGUGACAUAUUUCAGGAUUUUCCCGGCAAUGCAUGUUAUUCUGGACACGAAAAAUGGUAUAUCUCAUGAUGCAAUAGUGACCGGUAUGUGACAAAUGGUCUUCCGCUUUAAUCUGGGUGUAGACAGUCUAUUGUAACUACAACAACGCUACACCAACAACAUUGGCAAAGCAGAAACAGACUGACACGGCUAAUUCCUUUGCUAUUGUGGUGAAGGUUUAGCAUCAUCAUCAUCAUCAUCAUCAUGGCUCCUCAUCCAGUGGUCCAGGCCGUCAUAGACCUCUCAGCUGGAGCGAUAGGUAGGUCUACAUCUAGACCCAAAUGGCACCCUCUUCCCCGGAGGCUACACACCAUAACGAUCUGUUUUUUUCCAAGUUUUCCAACUUGCAUUAUCCUCCAAGAGUUUCUGAAUCUGAAUACCUGUUUCCUGUUUCCUGUCAAUGUUACCUGGUGGGUCUGUAGACAGAUGGGUCUGAGAGGGCUGUACCAGGGAGCCACCCCAGCCCUCAUAGCCAACAUCGCAGAGAACGCUGUCCUUUUCAUGAGCUAUGGUUUCUGUCAGGACGUGUUGCGGCGAAUCACCGGGAUGGACCAAGCCGUAGAACUCAGUGACCUCCAGAAGGCGUGUUCAGGCUCCCUAGCGUCCAUCUUCUCCUCCCUGGCUCUCUGUCCCACCGAGCUGGUCAAGUGUCGUCUGCAGGCCAUGCAUGAGAUGGAGGCCUCCGGCAAGAUACCCUCAGGGCAGAAAAGUUCAGUGUGGUCCGUGGUUCGGACUGUGUUGAGGAAGGACGGUCCUCUUGGGUUCUACCAGGGUUUGACUACGACCGUCGUCAGGGAAGUCCCCGGGUAUUUCUGCUUCUUCGGAGCCUACGAGCUCUGUCGCACGACAUUUGCUCAGCAUCUGAGCACCGACAAGGAUGGCAUAGGUACGACGAAAGUAUUAUACACAGAACCUGUCUUCCUCUAUAUUUCUGUUCUUCCUAUAGGAGUGGCUCCUCUCUACUCAGGCCUCACUCCCACCAUGAUCAGAACCUUCCCUGCCAACGGAGCUCUCUUCUUGGCCUAUGAGCUCAGCCGUAAGGCGAUGAUGCAGAAGUUUGGAGACGUCUGAUUGGCUGAUCCCUUCUCCUCACAACGGACACGUCCUGUUUCCUCCACCAAUGCCUGCACUUUUGUUGGCAUCCCAAAAUGGAACCUUAUGUUUAAACAUUAUUUUUAAAGUCUGAAUGUAAUUUUUUUUGUAUAAAAUAUGCCUUUUGUUGUUGUUGUAGCUAUUGAAUAUGCAAGGAUAAUGCCUACAUUUGUUGAGCAGGUCACAGUUAUUUGAGAAUGUAGAGUGUGUGGUGUUCUGUAAAAACUUUAAAUAAAGUCACACACUCUAUAUUGAAUGGCUAAUCCUAACCUACCAUAUACAGUGUGAUAUUUCUCUCUUUUUAUACAGUUUACUCACACUUAGUCAGCACUUCUACAAAACAGGUUUUCAGGUGUGUGUCAGCUUAUGCUUUUUACAGUUAUUCUAUGGGACACCUAUCCACUGUGAAGGUACCGUGAAUCUACUGUGAAGUCACUGUGAAUCUACUGUGAAGGUACUGUGAAUCUACUGUAAAGGUACUGUGAAUCUACUGUGAAGGUACUGUGAAGGCACUGUGAAGGUACUGUGAAUCUACUGUAAAGGUACUGUGAAGAUACUGUGAAGAUACUGUGAAGGUACUGUGAAGGCACUGUGAAUCUACUGUGAAGGCACUGCGAAGGCACUGUGAAGGCACUGUGUAUAAUUAGAACUGUGCAUUCAUAGAGGUGUUUUACCAUUCAAACUGGUGCUGAACCACGGCAAGUUGAGAGGCACAUGGUAUUAGAUUAAGUGUAUACUCUGGUAAGCACAAUGACUUCUGAAAGACGCUGUUCUUUAUAACAAACAAAUGUAUUUAUAAAGCUCUUCUUACAUCAGCUGAUGUCACAAAGUGCUGUACAGAAACCCAGCAUAAAACCCCAAACAGCAAGCAAUGCAGGUGUAGAAGCACCAUAACAAUAAACAUUCACUAAUAACUGCUA